CUCUCAUUUAAGGGAGACAAUAAUUGAGGACUGGAGACCACUCAGGUAUUUUCAGUCAGUCUCUCUCUGGAGGAAGAGGGACUUUUUAAAAGGGAGCCGGAGAGAGAGGAGCAGCAGCAUCAGAGGAGGAGGUUGAAGUGAAGGGGUGGAUCUCUAUAAGAGCAGCUGUGUCCACGAAGCGGGAGAAACCACACCGAGACCCACGGAGGGAAUCGUACUCGCAACUUCAAUCCCAAACCAGCAGACGGUGGGACCAUGAGGACCGUGGUGGCUCUGCUGUUUCUCUGCCUGUGUGAUCCUGGACACAGUGACUGCCAGGCAGACUGCCUGUCCUGCAGCAACAUCCUGUCCAAACAUCUCAGUUUUAACCCCACGGUAUGUCUCAUUGAAUGUGAAGGAAACAUCUCCCCUUCCUUCUACUGGAACUUCUGCCAAACAACUCUAACGUCCCCCAUUUCCACCAUCAACAGCAACAUUAAGAAAAGAUCUCGAGAGGAAGCUGAAGCUCUGUUUCCUAAAGAAGACGAGCAGAUGGAGGAGGAUCUUCUCCUCCCAAUAGCAUUGCAACGGUUUGACCACGUAACCCGAGCACUAGGCAUCAAUGACAAGGAUCUGGGUGAUGAGAGCAAUCAGCUGGACACUGCCUACAAAUCCCUAAAUGCUUUAUCCCUUGAAAAUGAAUAUGAAGAGCAGGGAGGAGAAGAUGCUGGUGUGGCAGGAAGAGGACAAGGAGAUUCAGGCUUCUCCAAAAGGUUUGGCGGCUUCGUCAAAGGGAGACACGGCUACAGGAGGCUGAUGUCUCCAGGAAGAUCGUAUCAGAAGAGGUACGGCGGCUUUAUUGGAAUCCGGAAGUCGGCUCGCAAGUGGAACAACCAAAAGCGUUUUAGCGAGUUCCUCAAGCAGUAUCUGGGGAUGAGCACCCGGGCCACAGAGUUCAACAGCAUGUCGGAGGACCUCACCGAACAGAAUGAAGUUUAGAAAAAAAAAGCAUAGCUGAUCAUGUUUUGUUUUACAAUCACUAAAACUUAAAAGCUUAAAUGGUGAAAGUUAACAUGUCAAAUCUAACAGUCUUAAUAACAAUGACUUCCAGUAAAAUUCAUCUUUUCUAAAGAAAGAAAAAAUGAUUUGCUGUUUUCCCUCCUGUACGUUUAUGUGUUAAGCUCUAAUCAUUUGUUAGCUAAAAAAGUCAGCUUCAUUUAACUCCUGUUAAGCAACAUUUAAAUGAGAGGCUAAAGAUUCAACAAAUGAUCCGUUCCUCUACCAGUCUCCUGUACAAGUUACAUUUAAAAUGAAAUACAAUUUCUGUUUUACCUCUGCUCACAAAAAGGGAACAAGUGCAGAUCCUUCAGUUUUAUGGUACUGCCAUCUAAUGGUCAAAUGUAGACAUCACUCUCUGUUUUUUAAUUUAUUUGUUCAUAUCUUAGCAUCUCUACCAAAAACAUAUAAGCAGUAAAAUCAUCAAUGAAAAUACAAGUAAAAUUUUUAAUUUUUAGUUAUGUUUUAAAAACACACCUGAAAUAGGGCUCAAUUAAUGCCUACAAGAAAGAGUAGAUGCAACUAUUUCAAAUUUAUAACACUAAUGAUUCUGUCAAACGUGUGUUGAGUUCAAUGGAGCAUUAUCUUUGAUUGCCUCUUCUGUGUAAAUGUUGCAGGUCUGUAUGUAAAUGGAAAAAAAUAUGUAUUUAAACUGUAUUCAUGUGAAAUGUUUCUGUUGCCCAGUGUAAGACCUUGUAAAUAGCUGAAUCUAAACAUGUCAAUAAAUAUAGUUUACUAUUUCCUUUGUUGUUCCUCAUGCAGAAACAAAAUCAUUCUGUGUCUUGAAGUGUUUUGUUUAAAAAAAAUAUGUCUAAAAGGGCCUUUUGAAACUUUUUUUAUAUUUAGUGGAAACAAUCAGAGUUUUAAAAUAAAGUAACCAUAAUAAAGUCAACAUAAAGUCACUAAGUCUACAUGCAUGUUUAUGUUUUGGUUAUGACAUGAAAGAUAAAAAGACAAACUGCACUGCAUUAAAAUUCAUAAAAUGGUGCAAUUUGUUCUUGGUUAGUAUGAAAAAUGUCUUAAAUCAGUAUAUAUCAAUAGAACAGAAUAGAGUACAAUAGAGUGGGUGAUAUAUAAAUUCCAAACCACUCAGAAACUUGCAUUCACAACCACACAAGCAUAGAAAAAAAACAAUAAAAGAAUGAAAUAUUUAAAUAUAUUGAUAAAAAAAUAUAUAAAAUAUUAUUAACAAAUAUAACAUAAAUCAAUAAAACAUAAAAAAUAUAUAUCAAUAAGACUUUUUGUUGAUGCUCAGUGACAGAUGCACAGAUGUACAUAUAAGUUAAUACAUUUUUUUAUUUAAUUGUUUAGACUUAUUUGUGACGCAGCAACUUUAUUAAUGUAGCAUUAUAUCAGAGAAGGUAGGUUGGACUGAAAAUAAACCUAAAGCUAAAAUAGUAGUUAUUAUAAUGAUAAUACAAUGUGGACAGUGGAUUUUUCCCCUUUUUUAAAAAAAAAUAUAGGCCUGUAGAAGGACCACAUUUAUUGAAACCAUAUUAAAAGCAAAAUUAAUAAAUGUUUUUAUACCCCAAAUAACAAUAAAUUAAAAUAAAUAAAAGUACAAAACAGAGCUCAGAGGUAACUUUUUGUCUCACUUGUUGACCUGUUCUUUCUUCAAGUAAACUUCUGGCUUUAGGAGAUGGGAAGACAACUUUGAUAAAAAA